AAACCGUCAUUUUGAGGUGAUGGCCAGUCGUGCCAUCCUCAUUCACCGUCGGCUUCUCUCAGUCUACGUCAUCCUUGCGCGUCGGGCCAGCACUUAACACCCGUGGACCAUCAUCUCCGUCCACCACGACUUGAUCUGAACAAUCAUCACUCAAGAUCAAAUCUCAACUCAGUUGAGUCUCAACGCCGACAUGCAGCUUCGUCUCUUGCUCCUCGCCUUCUUAGGCUUCGUCUUCAACGUGGGGGCUUGCCCGCCCCCGCUCAACAAUUGGCGCUUCGUGGGAAACGAGACUCACGACAGCGGCACGCUCGUUCAAGAUGCCUUAAGCAGUCCCACCGGAGGUAUGGGCUGGGCCGAGGCGGUGUCGCUGAGCACCAAUCCUCACACGACCUGGCCCGCUGGCCUCGUACGAUACUGCUACACAAAUCCAUCUGGCCGUGAUGCUUUCGCGGCACCGAUCGACGCCGCCUGGAAGCUCUGGACUGACAAGAUUGGGCAACAGAGCAAGAAGAACGGUCAUCAGCUUCAAUUCAUGGAAUUCCCGUUCGAAAAUAACUGGCGGUACUGCUACCUCGAACGCAAAGGUGAGCACGACCCAUGGAUUUGGAAUCCUGAAGUCCCUGGUGGCGAGGUCGUCAUAGUACGAACUCUGGAGGUAGGGUAUCUCUACGCGACAGUAGGAUACGUCCUAUCUACUUGGGACACCGAUGUCGCUCGGCACAGUCUCUGGAUAAAUAUGAACAACAUCAACCAAAGGUACAUCGUGAAGGACAUCGCGCACGAGCUGGGACAUCUCUUCGGACUAUGGCAUGAACACCAGAGGAUCGAUCGCGACCAUUACGUACAUUUCGAAUGCAAGAAUCUUAUCGAUUAUGACCGCUUCAAGAAGAUGGUCGAAGAACACCCAAAGGACCCGUCCCAUAACAUCGACUUGCUUUGCAACAACGGAAACGUAGCUACGCAGUACGGUUGGCACGACCCAUCAGCAUUCUCAAAAGUCUACCUUGAAGAGGAGAAGAACGGCCGAAAGGAGUUAUUUGUCGUGAACUACGACAAAGAGCAUUACGACGAGGACAGUAUAAUGCACUACGACUCGUGGAUCGCUUCCAGCCCCAAAAAGGAUAUGAGCAAAAAGGUCGAUGUUCCGCUUGUCGCAUGGUUGAAGAGCCCAGUGGAGAAUCCGCCGGAUAAGGUAACGGAAGACAAUUCUUUUUGGAUCUGGCAGAGAUUGAGGAUUAGCGAUGGUGAUGCGAGGGCCAUCAGAUACCUGUAUCCGUGGAAGGGCUAGGUCGCCAGGCAAGGGUACCGAUUCCAAUGUCGAGUAUGGCCCCGCUAGCGAGAAGGCCUCCGGACGGUAUGGGGUUA